AUGGCGGAAGUCCUCCAUCAGAUCCCGAGGUCGCCGAGCGGCGAGCGACUAUACGAGAAUACUGGCGGCCUUCGGAGAUCCCACGCUUCAACCGGUCAACUAUAUCAAGGCUCGUCGUUCCUGUCGUCAAGCCCUAAGGACAACCUAUGCGUAGCGACUACCAACCAUCAUGACCGGAUAUCAGACUCACCUCGAUCAUCAUUUUCCGACACAUUCUCCACCCACACGUCCACAUCAGACCUAGGCGCGUUCGACACUCCGAACACAAUCCCAGAGAUCAGCGGACUAUCACUUGAGGAAAAGUUUGGCAGCAACGACGAUGGAGGAUUUCCGGAUUACGGCGGAGUGCAAUUCUACCACCAGGCACAAGGCUAUGCCGAGUCGCAAUCGAGUGAAGAGCCAGUAGAGUCCACGACUACCGAGACCACCGCGUCAGAUUCCCCACUACCUACUCCUACCGUGGCAGAUGAUAGUGCGAUCCGGAAAGAGCCGAAGCAGCAUGUCGAUUACUUGAGUCAUGAUUGGCGGGAAGAGGACAUAUGGUCGAGUUGGAGGCAUAUUGUAUCACAGCGGAAGGUGUACGGGCAAAGAUCAAGGUUAGAGAACGCAUCAUGGAGGACAUGGGCAAAAUCAAAGUACGCGCUACGGACAGUGUCGCCUGAAACCCUGAAUUGGUUGAAGGAGAGCGAUGUGACAUGGCUAUACGGUCCAUUGAAGCCCGCAGAGUCGCAUCCCAUCACAUCACAUCAGUCAGCUCCUUCAUCGCAGCUGUCAAAGACCAACUCUUUCCUGGCUAAGAAACCGAUCUUGAAGAAGCGAAGUAUGUCAGAAGUCAUGCUUCAACGAUCAAUAUCAGCUACGUCACUCGUGAAGCAAGCGGCAGCCUCAGUGCAGGCACAGCAGGGCUCGCCACGCAAGCCCACUAUCAACGGCGCGCAUUUCGACUUCUCAACAUCCGGCCUUACCUCCGAAGCGCCGAGCAGAGACCAGGUGGACUACUUCACAAGUCGGCAUAGCAGCGACGACGGCACACCUUGCGAGUGUUCAGCUAAGCGCCACAUUAGGUUUGAUGACAAAGUGGAGCAGUGCAUCGCUGUGGAACACAAGGAGGAUCUGGCGGAAGAAAGCGAGAGUGAGGAGGAUGAAGUGCAGCACUCCGGCUCCUCGGAAGCGAGCAGCGAUGAUGGCGUGAUCAUGAUGAAGCGGAAGAGACGGUCCCGAGCGAACAAGGAUGCUAAGGGCAGCAGAAGUAAUUCGCAGAGUCGGAAGAUGAUUGAGACUUUGCCAGCCAGCACGCUCAAGUACAAGACAGAAGCUCCGGAUGUGGCUGAGGCGCCGCAACAUCACACGUUCGGAAGUAGCUGGCGCUCCAGCCGACUAUCGCCCAGUCCUUCUCAGGAGACUCUCAGGCCAAGCCGACCAUCCGCUAACUUCUUGGUCAAGGACGAGGAGGAGCCUGAGCCAGCGAUGAGUUCCACCUGGUCGUUUGGGUCUGGUAAUCCCAAGUCCUCUCUUGGCAGUGCAUCGUCGAGUGAAGACGAAAUGGCUGGUCGGUCACGGCGGAAGAAUAAGAUGAUUGCCACAAAGGCGCGGAGCAGUACUCCUGGACCUUCGGAUGAUUAUAGUGCUGAGCUCCUGAGACGGACCAAUAGUGGUAUGCUUAUGCCUUAUGAUGAUGAGGAAGAUGAUGCUAUGGCCGUUGGCUUGUUUGGCAAGGUCAGCGAGACUAUUAAUACGGCGAGGGAUAUUGCUCAUGUUAUCUGGAAUGUUGGGUGGCGGAAGUGA